AUGUAUGUCAAGCAGAUCAUCAUCCAGGGCUUUAAAAGCUACAAGGAUCAAACGGUCAUCGAGCCGUUCUCCCCGAAGCACAAUGUCAUCGUCGGCCGCAAUGGUUCCGGCAAAAGCAACUUUUUCGCGGCCAUUCGAUUCGUCCUCAGCGAUGCGUACACUCACAUGGGUCGCGAGGAGCGACAGGCUCUCCUCCACGAGGGUUCGGGCUCUGCCGUAAUGUCCGCGUACGUGGAAAUCAUCUUCGAUAAUUCAGAUGACCGGUUCCCCACCGGCAAGCCGGAAGUUGUGCUGCGUCGAACCAUCGGCCUGAAAAAGGACGAAUAUACGCUGGAUCGCAAAAACGCCACCAAAUCCGAUGUCAUGAACCUGCUCGAAUCCGCCGGUUUCUCGCGCUCCAACCCCUACUACAUCGUGCCCCAGGGUCGGGUGACGGCUUUGACUAAUAUGAAAGACCCGGAGCGACUGAACCUGCUGAAGGAGGUGGCAGGUACGCAGGUCUACGAAGCGCGCCGUGCUGAAUCCUUGAAAAUCAUGCACGAGACCAACAACAAACGAUCCAAGAUUGACGAACUCCUGGACUUCAUCAACGAGCGUCUGUCCGAGCUCGAGGAGGAGAAGGACGAGCUGAGAAACUAUCAGGAUAAGGAUAAGGAACGAAGAUGCUUGGAAUACACCAUUUACUCUCGCGAGCAACAAGAAAUCGGCAGCUUCCUGGAUAACCUGGAGGAACAGAGACAAACGGGCGUUGAGGAUACUGACCUGAACCGUGAUCGGUUUAUCCAAGGUGAAAAGGAAAUGGCACAGGUUGAUGCAGAGAUUGCCGAAUGCAAACAACAGAUCGAAUUCCUGAAGGUCGACAAAUCGCAGCUGGAGGAUGAGCGUCGCGAGGCUUCGAAAACCCUGGCACAGGUCGAACUCCAGGCUAAAUCUCUUACCGACAAUCAAGCUGCCGCCCAGGAUUUGAAAAGACGCCAUGACGAAGACCUGGAUUCUGUCCAGGCGGCCAUUAAAGAACGCGAGGGAGAAUUGCAGGACCUUAUUCCCCGCUUCAAUGCCGCCAAAGACGAGGAAGAUGCGGUCAAGGCGCAACUCACCGAGGCCGAGACCUCCCGUCAACGUCUGUACGCAAAGCAAGGUCGGAAUUCACGCUUCAAGAACAAGUCGGAGCGCGACAAGUGGCUCCAGGCGGAAAUCAAGGAUAACUAUUCCUCCAUAUCUACCGUGCAAGGGGUAGUAUCGCAAACUCAAACAGACAUUGCGGAGCUUGAAAAUGAGAUUGCGCUCCUGGAGCCGGAGACUGAACGGCUACGCAAGCAAAUUGACGGUCGGGGUGACACGAUCCAGUCUGUCGAACAAGAAGUUCAGAAUGCCAAGGAUGAAAGAGAUCGACUGAUGGACCAGAGGAAAGAACUGUGGAGGGAAGAGGCGAAGCUCGAUUCUAUUCUUUCCAAUGCCUCAAAUGAAGUUGAUCGCGCAGAGCGCAAUCUUUCUCAGAUGAUGGAUCACAACACGAGUCGAGGAAUUGCAGCUGUUCGGAGAAUCAAGCGCCAGCACCAAAUCGAGGGUGUUUAUGGCACGUUAGCCGAGCUUUUUGAUGUUAAUGACAGAUAUAGAACCGCCGUUGAGGUUACGGCCGGGCAGAGUCUUUUCCACUACGUUGUCGACACAGAUGAGACGGCUACAAAGGUCCUGGAGAUCCUGCAGCACGAAAAGGCAGGCAGGGUGACCUUCAUGCCUCUGAACAGACUGCGGUCAAGACCGAUCAAUAUGCCGAAAGCUAGUGACACCAUUCCGAUGAUCGAGAAGCUGCAGUACGAUCGAGCUUACGACAAGGCGUUUAACCACGUGUUUGGCAAGACUAUCAUCUGCCCGAACCUGCAAGUGGCAGCGCAGUAUGCUCGGAGCCACGGUGUUAACGCUAUAACCCCCGAAGGAGAUCGCUCCGAUAAGAGAGGUGCGUUGACUGGUGGUUUCCACGAUUCGCGCCAAUCUCGACUCGACGCCGUGAAGCAUCUGGCUAAAUGGAGGGAUGAGUUCGAGACGAAGAAAAAUCGUGGAACGGAGAUUCGGAAGGAAAUCGAGAAACUAGACCAAAUCAUCACAAAAUCAGUCGGCGAAUUGCAGAAGCUUGAGCAGCAAAGACACCAAGUACAGAACAGCAGCGGACCGCUUCGUCAUGAGUUGAGAAGCAAGCGUGACCUCCUUCAGAAGAAGAUCGACAAUCUUGAUGCUAAGCGGCGCGCACUCCGAAAUAUCGAGGGUAACAUGGCUGCUUUGACCGACCAGGUCAAUGCAUUCGAGGCAGAACUCAAGUCACCAUUCCAGAAGGCUCUAAGUAACGAGGAGGAAGCCAAUCUUGAGAACCUCAAUGCCGCGGCCCAGGAUCUCCGCCGACAAUACCAGGAGCUGUCUAGCCGGCGCAGUGAGCUGGAGGGCCGCAAGUCUGUUCUCGAAGUUGGGCUGCAGGAGAACCUCAACCCUCGUCUUGACCAGCUGAUUGGCCAAGAUCCCGACAUGGCUGAUGACGACAGCCAGGGCAACUUGAAAGAGACUCAGAGAGAGAUGAAGCGUCUCCACAAGGCUCUGGAGAAGUUAGGCCAGCGUCUUCAACAAGUGGAUGACUCGAUCGACCACACCAAUUCCCAGGUGGCUGAACUUGGGCAACGAAAUGCGGAAACGCGGCGAGAAUUGGAGGAGUUGGCCAAGUCCAUUGAAAAGCACCAGCGCCGCAUGGAAAAGAGCAUGCAAAAGAAAGCUGCGCUGACGAAGCAGGCGGCCGAAUGCGCAGCCAACAUCCGCGACCUUGGCGUGCUUCCGGACGAGGCGUUCACCAAGUACAAAAACACGGACUCGAACGCGGUCGUUAAAAAACUCCACAAGGUCAACGAGAGUCUCAAGAAGUACUCCCAUGUCAACAAGAAGGCGUUCGAGCAGUACAACAGCUUCACGAAACAGCGGGAGGUGCUCACCUCGCGACGGGAAGAACUGGAAGCAUCCCAGAAAUCUAUCGACGACCUUAUCAACGUGCUCGAUCAAAGAAAGGACGAAGCUAUCGAACGAACCUUCAAGCAGGUGUCGCGUGAAUUCCACAACGUCUUCGAGAAGCUCGUGCCCGCCGGACGUGGGCGCUUGAUCAUCCAGCGAAAGACCGACCGUGCCAUGAGACAAGAAGAUGCCCUUGAGUCGGACGACGAGGAGGCCCAGCAAAGCGUGGAGAAUUACGUCGGAGUUGGAAUCAGUGUCAGCUUCAACAGUAAGCAUGACGAGCAGCAACGUAUCCAGCAGCUUAGUGGCGGACAAAAGAGUCUCUGUGCCCUGGCCCUAGUCUUUGCUAUCCAGGCCUGCGACCCGGCCCCAUUCUACCUAUUCGACGAGAUCGACGCCAACCUCGACGCGCAGUAUCGAACCGCCGUUGCCCAGAUGUUAAAAUCCAUCUCCGAUUCCACCAACGGGCAGUUCAUCUGCACCACUUUCCGACCGGAGAUGCUGCAUGUGGCAGAGAAGUGCUACGGCGUCAGUUUCCGGCAGAAGGCCAGUACGAUUGAUGUCGUGUCGAGGGAGGAGGCUCUUAAAUUCGUCGAGGAGCAAAAGACGUGA